AUUGACGCUUUAUCAGGCUCACGAAAAAAGUCUGUCCAAUCAGUUCGCUAGGAGCGAGCAGCUCUGCAUCCCAGCUCUACUUUGUUGGCUAGCAAGUUGAGAACAGUAGCAUACAAAUUUAGUUCUGCCCUAAACAUUUUACCCUCAAUGAACCGCGUUUUGUAUGAUGUCCGAGAAUGUCCAUUUCUGGAACUCUUAGCAAUUAUUAUGUCGAUUCCAUCAUAAGUCAUGAAACCGAAGACCCGACUUCAGCCAAGUUCUCCGGUGUACAGUAUUCAAGUUCCAGACAGCCGGGAGAGCACAGUGAACAUCCAGAGUUCCCCUCCUGCAGCUUCCAGCCCAAGCCUCCGGUUUUCGGCGCCUCCUGGAAUCCUUUUAGUCCCCACGCGCCAAAUGGUUUGCCCGCGGUCUACCAUCCUUAUAUCCCGACUCAGCCAGUACCUUCAACGGACUCUAGAUACCUUCGCACUUGGCUUGAUUGUGCCCCAAGGUCCGAGUCACUGGCCGGACAUGGGCAAGUAAAGCUAGAACCGCUUCUGGGACAUCUCGGGGAGCCCCCCAAAAUCGGAGGACACGAGUACAUUUUGGAGUCUUCCUCAGCCAGAGAGUUUAAUUCCAGUCAAGGCUCCGGCUUCGAAGACAAUAAGGAUGUUUGUGAAGGUAGCGAGGACAAAGAAGGUCCAGAUCAAAAUGACCCAUCUGCCAACUGGCUGCACGCCCGGUCAUCUCGGAAGAAGCGGUGUCCGUACACUAAAUACCAAACCCUGGAGCUCGAGAAGGAGUUCCUUUUCAACAUGUACCUCACGCGGGACAGGAGACACGAAGUAUCGCGCCAACUGAACUUGACUGAGAGACAAGUCAAAAUAUGGUUCCAGAAUCGACGGAUGAAAAUGAAGAAGAUGAACAAGGACCACGCCAAGGAAUAGUCCUGACAUGGUCAAGAACCCGCCCUUCCCCUCACCCCACCCCCACCCCCAACCACAAGGAUGGAUUCGGUUUUAAAAUCUCUCCCUCUUCUGUGCACCAUGAACAAAUAGAUUGGUAGAACCUUGUGCGUUUGUUUUUCAUUCCUAUUUUCAAAGAAAGUCCCAUAAUAAUGUUCAGUAAUAGCUUGUGAGUUGACUUUAGAACAGGUGUUUUUAAAAUUUUUAAUAGGUAGCGUUGGAUAUUCAAAUUCAUAUAGACCUAAAAUCGCAUUAUUUUUUGAUGCGAUUUCUCUGUGCUUGCUUAUGAAACGUUUGUAGGUAGAUACCAUUUGAAGUAACAGCCCUUUGUAUGAAAAAUGCACGUGUUGUCACAAACGCCAUAUUAUUAUUAUUAUUAUUAUUAUUAUUAUUAUUAUUGACAUGUGACUGAGCCACCAAAUGAUUUUGACGAAAGUAUGCAGCGUCUGAGAGACGGUGGUAAUUAUCAAUUUCAUAUCAGUUUUACAUGAUAAAUUUUAAACAAAUAAAUACAUACAAAAAUGAACCUCAGACUGUUCAUUCCUAGAUAUAAUGUAGGAAAUUAUGCAACUGAAUUUUCAAUAUUGCUAAAUGAGUUUUCUAAAUUAAAAAAUUUAAUGAAUUGUGUAUCCUUUAUAAUAGAUCAGCCUAUAAUGUCAGCCUACAUUAUUGGCUCGUGCAUUAUAGUUUUUCGGAAUUCUUUUAUAUAUAUAUAUACAUAAAUUUAAGAGUGGAAGUGCGCGUGAACCACACAUAGCGCCGGCGGCUAUUUCUUAUCUGAUAACUGUAAACUUGAUGCAAGUCGCCACUAUUGCCAGCGCAUCCCCAUCAAAGGAACGUGUACCGAAAAUUAGGCCUCGCGGGUUUGAAGUGGUCAAGAAAAUGUCACGGUUUGUCAUCAUGGUGUAUGCAUUCAGGCUCCAAAAUAAAUUACAUUGGACAUUGUUUUUCUUUAAUAAGAGUGUUUCGGAAAUAUUUAAGGGGGUACUUUGGUUAUUACACUAAUCUAACUCUUAAGCUUUCUUUAUUCGAAUUGCUUGCAAAAGUGAAUUCUGUUUUUCCUUAAAUGUAUAAUAGCUUGAUUGUAAUAGAAAUUUCAUCUCGUUUAUGAGUCAAAUGUUUACACUGUAUCACCAUGAAGUCUCGUUCUUUAGUUAAGUAUUAAAUGUAUUGUGGUCUGACAUCCCAUAUUUAUAGGACAUCAUAGAUUAAGUUUGAUAAUUUAUUGAUUGAGCGUAGCCUAUAACUCCGAUUCAUCCAGUUGCAAUAUAUAUAUAUAUAUAUAUAUAUAUAUAUAUAUAUAUAUAUAUAUAUAUAUAUAUAUAUAUAUAUAUGUAUGUAUAUUUCUGUAUACUGGACAGUUAGAUCAUACAUCUCAGUUUAAGCAUUUGCAUUUUAUUGUCCAGCUUACAGCAUAUCCAACAACUAGAGUCGUGCAGUUAUGCUGUAAAUAAAGAGCAUCCCAAACGCUAUCAUUUGUUCCUGUUGUUUAAAUGUAUAAUAUAGCUUGUAGUAGGUACGAACGGAUGUCUCGCUUAUUGGUGUUUCUGGAGUGAAACCACAUCUGUACCGUAACAAGCGAAUGCACGACGCUUUUCUCCGGAUCAGAUUUGUACAUUCUCUUCAAAACCCGGUCUCUGCCCUUCGAUUUUCGAUUGGACCAACCCAAGCACGGAACGGAUAUAUUCCAGAGACUUGUUUUUCGCAAACACACACUUUGACGGCGCUGAUGUGUUUUGUCUUUAUCCGCAGUCAUUUCUCAUUUCCCUCCUCCUAGCCUUUGUGUGUACUUUUUCAAUGCAGCUCAAAUAGCAAUGUUAACGCUGAUUUUUUGUAUUAAAGAGUUUAUAAGCAAA